ACACAGUUGUGCUUUGAAUGACUCGCUUAAAAUAUCGUACAUUCGCCCAUGCAGUCGGAUUACUUGUUUGAUAGUUUACUAUACAGUGGGAUUAACAAAACACAUCUUUUACACCAUACGGCUCAGAAGCCUACAUUUCCAUCCGUUUCUUACUAUUUUCGGAACUAAAGUUCGUGACCGAAACAGAAGAGUAAGGCAGAAUAAUCCAGCCUCAUCAGUCCCCCAUGUCUGCGUGGGGACAUGAUUCAGACUGGAACGGACCCCACAGGCACCACCAAGAAAAAAACCCAUGAGCACCAGAGCUGUUCACAUGGUGAAGAAGAGCAGCCGGUGAGGAUGGCCUUCUUCCCUCUAUAAGUGCAAAGGAAAUGACAAAGGGGAAGCUCUGUCGGCGGUGAGUGAGGACCACUCUCUGUUCGACUGCGGCUACGGAGUGCCGCACCCACCCAAGGCGGAGAUGACGGCCUCCUUGGCGAGCGAGUACGGCCAAUCGGCGAAGCUGAGCUCCCGCGUCCAGCAGCCGGAUUGGCUGACCCAGCCGGCCUCCCGUGUCAAGAUGGAGUGCAACACCAGCCACGUCAAUGGCUCUAGGAACUCUCCGGAUAACUGCACUGUGGUGAAGACAGGGAAGGUUGGAGCUGACAGUGUUCCCAUGAGCUACAGCAGCUACAUGGAGGAAAAGCACACCCCUUCCCCCAGCAUGGCCAUCAGUGAGCGCAGGGUCAUCGUUCCCGCAGACCCCGCCCUGUGGACGACGAGCCACGUGCGUCAGUGGCUGGAGUGGGCCGUGAAGGAGUACGGCCUCCUGGACGUGGACGUCUCCCUGUUCCAGAACGUCGACGGCAAGGAGCUCUGCAAGAUGAGCAAAGAGGACUUCCAGAGGCUGACCCCCUCUUACAACGCCGACAUCCUCCAGUCGCACCUCCACUACCUCAGAGAGACUCCCCUCCCUCAUUUGACUUCAGAUGAUGUUGACAAAGCCUUGCAAAGCUCCCCGCGGUUAAUGCAUGCCCGCAACACAGGUGGCACAAGCUUCAUCUUCCCCAAUUCCUCACUGUAUCCUGAUGCUCCUUCGAGGGUUUCGGCUCGAUCAGAUGUAGCCUACGAGGCGGUAAGACGUUCCGGAUGGACGCCGCAAGCUGUGCCUUCCUCCAAGGGUCCGCAGCUGUCUCCUGCCAUAGUGACCAAAACUGAGGAUCAGAGACCUCAGCUGGAUCCCUACCAGAUACUCGGCCCAACAAGCAGCAGGCUUGCAAAUCCAGGUUCCGGUCAGAUCCAGCUGUGGCAGUUCCUGCUGGAGCUCCUCUCGGACAGCGCCAACGCCGGCUGCAUCACCUGGGAGGGCACCAACGGCGAGUUCAAGAUGACGGACCCGGACGAGGUGGCGCGGCGCUGGGGCGAGCGCAAGAGCAAGCCCAACAUGAACUACGACAAGCUGAGCCGCGCGCUGCGCUACUACUACGACAAGAACAUCAUGACCAAGGUGCACGGCAAGCGCUACGCCUACAAGUUCGACUUCCACGGCAUCGCCCAGGCCCUGCAGCCCCACCCGCCCGACUCCUCUCUCUACAAGUACCCCUCGGAUAUGUCCUACAUGAGCUCCUACCACCCCCACCAACAGAAGAUUAACUUUGUGACCCCCCACCCCCCGGUCACUUCCUCUAGUUUUUUCGCGGCUCCCAACCCUUACUGGAGCAGCCCCUCAGGGGGUAUCUACCCCAAUGCCCGUCACCCUGCCACGCACAUGCCAUCCCAUCUGGGCACUUAUUAUUAGCCUGGAAUUUGCAUGGUGGAACAGCAGAUGGAACCAAGGGGGUAAUGAACAGCUAAACACCCUAAAAAUGGGUUUUUACUUUGGCAAAAAAACAAGGCAAAAAGCAGGAAAUGUGAAGGAAAGAUGAUGGAGGAUUAGAUUUAAAUUACAGGUGUUGGAAAGGAGCAGGUGACCAGGAUAUGAAUUUUGGAAGGGAAGAAGAGGGUGAUGGAUUUUUGACUAGAUAAACCUAUUGGUAAUUAAUGGGGAAAUGAGCAGGUCUCUGGUAAUGGGGGCAGUGUGGAUGCGUUGUGCUGGAGUGAAGGAAAGUCUGACAGGUGGCCAGAGAGAGAAAUGUGAUGUCAUAUGAUCUCAUUAAAAAGAGCAUCAGACAUUCUACAGUAAACUCACAAUAACCGAGUGGAGAAAUAUCCAUUAUAUCAAAGCAUUAAAGGACUGUAUUUACUGAAGUAAACGUAUCAUAUGCAAAGAAAAUGUGGAAGAAAUAGGUGGAGAGAAGGCAUGGGCAAAAGCAGAACUGUAAAAUGGAGUAGCGCUGUGUAUUUGGAAAGGGCGGAGGAGGUAGAACCUGUAUUAAACUGUGGAAGAGAAAGAGAGUAUUGAGCCAACAGACAAUGUGGGGACAUUGCAGAAGGAACAGAAGGGUUCAGAAACAUGGUUAAUGAGGAUAUGGAAACUGAAUAGUACUGAAAUAUGAACAUGAUAUAUGCCUUUAUAAAUUAACUGCCAUAUUUAUUUGUUUUUUUACCACAGAUAAAUGUAUAUGGCAUUACCGAAGGUGAUAAAAAAAAGCCUUACACUUGACUGUUAUUCUUAAGAGUAAAUGUUUUCAGAAGAUUUUGUGUUUGGUUAGCGAUUUAGAGAACUGGAAUUGCGAGUAUCAAUACCAUUAGACCUUGACGUGUUUUGAAAGUGUGGGAGAGUUUUGUGGCCAUGGGCUUUAUCAUGAAAACUGCCAAAGAGAUUUCAUAAAAAUAACGUUUUUUUUUGUUUUGCUUUUUUCCUGAGUCACGAACGCUGUGCGUUUGUUAGACUGAAGCACAAUAUCAGUGUUAUUUCUUUUUAUACUAUAGAUUUAUAUUGUAACUUAAUGCAUUAUACACUACGAGUUGAGCUCAGCUAGUCAGAUUACAGAAAUGAUAGUAAUAUAGGAAAGAUUAAUGAAAUCAUAUAAAAGUCAACAAUAGACAAGGAAAGUACUGUGGCCUUGGAUUUUUAAAAUGUAUGAAAAACGGUAUUUUUCUUGAGAAGACCGUUGCUGUGAGGAUUAGGGUUUUAUGGGGAAAAUAAUUUGGACGCACACAGACACCCCUAGCCCCAUCCCCAUUCACACUGUGCAUACCAUAAAAUAAAUAUAUUACAGGAAGUUUUACAUUUUACAUGCAGUUACAAUUGUAAUGGAAUAAAAAUCUAUUUAAACAAAAGCUUACCAAAGCAAUCAAUCAACAUAAUAAACGGAUGUUUCAGAAAACAGAAUUAACCUCUCUCAGGCUUUAGUAGACUAUUUUCCUAAAAUUCACAAACAGAAUACUAGUGAUUGGCAAAUGUUUAGCAUAUGUUGUACAGUGACUACCAGUCGCAGUCAUCUAUGAUAAAAGCACAAAGAAUUAUGAGCAUUACUAGUUCGGCAACAUACCCAUAUAAUUCAGUAGGCACCAUGGUGAAGGAUAGCGUUGGCUAUGGAACUAAAUCUGUAGGAUGUGUGAUUGUUUAUCCGUAAUGAACAGUAGUCAUAAAGCAAUCAACAGCGAGACAAUGCUGUGGGACUUCAAUGGCGACUAUGUUGGCUCCAUUUUAUUGUAUUGAUUGUACUUUACAGUAACUUUAGUUUGGCAUUGUUGUGAAUGACUGCUGUUGUUGCUACUGCCAAAAAAUGUAAUUUAUCCAUUCCCUAAAACUGAAUUUGCAGUACUGUGAGCUGUUCAAAAGAAAACUUCUAUUGUAAGAAACAUUGUCUAUAUUUAGAUUAUAUGAUAAAUUUAGUAGUUAUUUGUGUUGUUUUAUUAUUGUAAAUCUACAGUAGCCAGAUAGUAGUGUGUGUGUGCGUGUGUGAUUUAAAGCAUUCCUGUGGGUGCCCCUAAAUGCCCAUGCAACAAAUUGAGGAAAGAGUCUAUAAGCCAUUUACAUAUCCCAUGAAACCUGUUUUUGUGCAGAUAAUAUUCAGUUAUUACAGACAUUACCGAAUGUUUAUGUUCAGUACUUCUCAAGCUUUCAAUAUGGGUAUGGAUGCCCCCCCCCAACCCCAAGAAGCAAGAAUACCUACUUCAAAUCAGGGAACACAGUACUGGAAAACAGAUUUUUCUCAAAGGGAAGGGUACACAGAAAACAUAUACUAUUGAAUUUUGUAUGUUUUUCUAUUGUGCAAUUAUAAUAAAGUAUUUUUGAACCAAAA